UAAAAACAACGUUUUGUUUCUAAGCUUCGUCUCUGCUGGCUAGGGCACCACCGUUACACUGUGUUCAUUCAUCUCAAUCAGAAAGAGAGAGAGAGAAUGUUAUCAGGGGACAUACCUCCAAACCAGACCAUUUACAUCAAGAAUCUCAAUGAGAAGGUCAAGAAAGACGAGUUGAAGAGAUCUCUGUAUUGCUUGUUCUCUCAAUAUGGAAGGAUUUUGGAUGUUGUUGCUCUAAAGACACCCAGGCUUCGAGGACAGGCAUGGGUUUGUUUCAGUGAAGUCACUGCAGCCAGCAAUGCUGUGAGACAAAUGCAAAACUUCCCAUUUUAUGAAAAACCUAUGAGAAUUCAAUAUGCAAAAACAAAGUCCGAUUGUAUUGCAAAAGAAGAGGGUAGUUAUGUUCCAAGGGAAAAGAAGAAGAAACAAGAGGAGAAAGCUGAAAGAAAGCGGCGUGCUGAGGAAGCACAACAAUCUGCUGCGGCUAAUGGCAUACAUGGUGCUAGUAAUGGUGGUCCAACUGCAUCAUUCCGUCAAGGAUCCAGUGCCCAAGAAGCAGCUGCUCCUAAUAAUAUUUUAUUCAUAGAGAAUUUGCCUCAUGAAACUACUGGUAGGAUGCUUGAAAUGCUCUUCGAACAAUACCCAGGUUUCAAGGAAGUGCGCUUGAUUGAAGCCAAGCCAGGAAUUGGAUUUGUUGAUUUUGAAGAUGAGGUGCAAUCAUCCAUGGCCAUGCAGGCUCUCAAUGGCUUCAAAAUCACUCCACUGAAUCCCAUGAAUAUAACCUUUGCUAAGAAGUAGCUUAUCCGUUUUCUGUAGUCUGUAUUUUUGUAGAUCUUUAAGAAACUAAUUGCAGACAUUGUAAGUUUACCGGAAGUCAAACCAGCAAGGCAGAGUAAGAAUUCAACCACGUUUGUGGAAAGGUUGAUAUAGUGCUGUUAUAAUGUUUAUUGAUUUUGUGGUUUAA